GAAGAGCAAUGAGGAGCUUACGAUUGAGCACAGCUGUUGUCGCUGCAGUUUUUGUUUGUCUCUCGAUCAUGCAAUUCUCUACAGUUGCACAGUUUACGCGUAGGACACCGAAUAUGUUUCCGCCCAUGAAUGCGUGUGCAUUUCCAUACGGUCUCUGUACAUCUGCGGAUCCUUCCGGUGUAGCAUGCAAGGAGAGAUGUUUGUCGGCUCAGGGAAGAAAUUUUAAUAACGGCAUAUGCAUCACUAAUCCGGGGACUUGUAUGUGCUGCUUUAGAUUCGGUAUUUAAACCAGAAAGCAUGAUCAGAUUUCAAAACAUCGACGUUACUUUGUGUGUUCUGUGUUGUGAAGGUGUUACAAUUUGAAAUUUGUGUUUUGUAUUCUAUUUCGCUGUACCGUGAUUUGUGUAUUUCUCUUUGUUUUCCGGUGAUCAAGUUUCAUA